CCCACAGAUUGGUUUUUUUUUUGGGCAUAUGGUUUUUUGAAACAUGAAGCCAAAAUAGAGAAGGGGAUUAGGGGAGAGGUAUGGUUGUCGGGGAAACUGGAAGAACUGGUGGAAAGAAUGCCCGUUUUCCUGCGAAAGCCGUCAAAUGCGAGCUAAGAGUCCGCAGACCCCAUACUUUUGAGCCAUAUAAGGAAGUUAAAAGGAAGAAGAGAGGAAAGAACCAACAUCAAGAAAAAUGGGGUUUCUCCUUCAACCUUUUCCACUUCCCUUUCCAGCAGCGCUAUCCACAACAAAAGCCCCUAAACGAACUUUUUCCCCUCCAAUUGCCGCUUGGAAUACAAAACCUUCCAAUUUCAAGAAUUGGGCUCACGAUUUUAGGUCCAAGUCGCUGAAAUUUGUACUCGCCGGCACUGUCGCUCUUGGAAUGUCUCUAUCUGGACUUAGUGCAGCUGAUGCGAAAGUUGGGGUCAACAAGCCAGAAUUGCUUCCUAAAGAAUUUAGUCCGGUCAUUGAUGUUGCCGGGUUUCUCUCUGCAGGGCAGGUGUCAGUAAUUCCUUGUUGCAAAGAGAAACGGCUAUGCCAAGAGAUAGCAGAUCUUGAGAAGGAUACAGGAUUUAAACUAAGAAUUCUCUCACAGAAUUAUCCUGACACUCCAGGAUUAGCUGUUAAAGACUUCUGGGAAGUGGAUGAUAGAACUAUUGUUUUUGUUGCUGAUCCAACCUUUGGCAAUAUCUUGAAUUUCAAUGUUGGUGCAUCGGUUGAUUUGGAUGUACCUCGAAGUUUCUGGAGUCGCUUAUCAGGGAAGUAUGGGAACAUGUUUUACUGGAAAGAAAAGGGCGAGGAUGCAUCAAUUGAAGCUGCUGUAAUGGCAAUAUCAAAUUGUCUGAGAGAUCCUGUAGGACCAAACAACUGUUCUGAUGUAAAGUAAGGAACUCUUCUCUCUGCGAAAUUUUUGUCCAUGAAAGCAAAGGUGGAGUUCAAAGGGUGAAGUAUUACCAUGUGAUAUUGUGUAUAUGAAGCAACAGAAACAGAUAGUUGGAGCAAGAACUUGCCAUAAAAAUACUUCCUCUUUUCUCAGAUUUGGCUUGUUCUCUCUACUAACUGCUUAAAAAUUGUAGCACGCCAAAAAAAGUAAUGUAUACGGAAGUGCAUAUUGAUGUGUAUUGGCUGGUACAUUCCGAACUGACCAGGAGCCAGCAUCCAGUAACCCCUGUUUGUGUGCAGGGAGGUUGACAGGUGGAAUUUCAGCUGUGUAGUGGCCACUUGAUCAUUUCUAGUAGGUAAUGGUCCCCUUCACUUAUUAUUGAUAGUUCAAUUUAGAUUGCAUGCAAAAUCAUAUGUUUCUAAAUUCAUGACCAAAGACAAGUUAUUAGAUUGAUUUCUUGUUGUAA